AUGGCGGAAGAAGCGCAAGCUCGAGAACUCAGGAAGAGUCCCCUCCAUGCCCGGCACAAGGCCCUGGGGGCUCGCAUGGUGGAGUUCGCGGGUUGGGAGAUGCCGGUUCAGUACCGGGGCAUCCAGGCCGAGCAUUCGGCAGUGCGGUCGAGAGCCGGCCUUUUCGACGUGAGCCACAUGGGCGAGAUCGACGUGCAGGGCCCCGGCGCCGCGGGCUUCUGUCAGCGGGUUACCACCAACGACGUCGAGCGGCUGAAGCCGUCGCAGGCACAGUACACCCUGCUGUUGAACGAGCGGGCCGGGAUCAUCGACGACCUGGUGAUUUUUCGGCUGGAAACCGACCGGUAUCUGCUCUGUGUCAACGCUUCCAGGCGCGCCGUCGACUUCGCGUGGCUGGCGAGCCACGCGGGUGAUGACGUGACCGUGCGGGACGUGAGCGACGCCUAUGCACUGCUGGCGCUUCAGGGUCCCGCGGCCGAGGCGAUCCUGCAGCCGUUGACGGCGCUGGAGCUGCCCGCCCUCAAGGCGUUCAACUUCCUGGUGGGCGAGGUGAGCGGGGUCCGCUGCAUCGUCUCACGCACGGGAUAUACCGGCGAGGACGGCUUCGAGCUCUAUUGCCCGGCGGAAGACGGCGUGCGGCUGUGGGACGCGCUCGUGGGCACCGGUGCCGUGGAGCCCGCCGGGCUGGGGGCCCGUGACACGCUCCGUCUCGAGAAGGGGUUCCCCCUUUACGGGCACGAGCUCGACGAGACCACCACGCCGCCGGAGGCGCGGCUCGGCUGGGUCACCAGGCUCGAAAAGGGUCCUUUCAUCGGGUCCGAGGUGCUGUCGCGGAAAGAGCCGUUGCGGCGGCGCCUGGUAGGACUGGAGAUGGAGGAGGCGGGUAUCGCCCGGGAGGGAUAUCCGAUAUUUCACGACGAACGCGAGGUCGGACGAGUCACCAGCGGCACGCGGUCUCCGACCCUGGGCAAGGCCAUCGCCCUGGGUUAUGUGUCGCCCGAGACAGCGGCCCUGGGCACCGAGGUUCGGGUGGAGAUCCGCCGCCGCCGGGUAAGCGCCCGCAUCGUCCGCGUCCCAUUCGUCCGGUAG